GCCCUCCCGCCCGGCAUGGCCGCGGCGCUGCCGGCGCUGGCGCUGGGCGCGGGGCUCCUGGCGGCCGCCUGGCGCUGGCUGCGGGGCACGGCCCGCGCCCUCACCGCGGGCUCCAUGCGGGGCAAGACCGUCAUCAUCACCGGCGCCAACAGCGGGCUGGGCCGGGCCGCGGCGGCCGAGCUGCUGCGGAUGCGGGCCCGCGUCAUCAUGGGCUGCCGCGACAGGGCGCGGGCCGAGCGGGCGGCCCGGGAGAUCCGGGCCGAGGUGGGCGAGCGGGCAGAGGGCGAGGGCGAGUUGGUGGUCCGGGAGCUGGACCUGGCCUCGCUUCGUUCCGUGCGCGCCUUCUGCCACCGCGUCCUGCAGGAGGAGUCAAGGCUGGAUGUUCUGAUAAAUAAUGCAGGGGUAUUCCAGUGUCCGUACAUGAAGACGGAGGAUGGUUUUGAGAUGCAAUUUGGUGUAAACCACUUGGGUCACUUCUUGCUCACCAACCUUCUUCUGGGCCUUCUCAAAAAUUCUGCUCCGAGCAGGGUUGUUGUAGUAUCCUCAAAGCUUUACAAAUAUGGAGAGAUCAACUUUGAAGACUUGAACAGUGAAGUAAGUUACAAUAAAAGCUUUUGUUACAGUCGAAGUAAACUGGCUAAUAUAUUAUUUGCAAGGGAGCUAGCCCGUCGGUUGGAAGGCACAGGAGUCACCGUCAACUCUCUCCAUCCUGGGAUUGUCAGAACAAAUCUAGGCAGACACGUGAAUAUUCCUUUGCUGGCCAAACCCCUGUUCAACUUGGUGUCAUGGGCUUUCUUCAAAACACCUCUGGAAGGAGCCCAGACUUCUAUUUAUUUGGCCUCUUCUCCUGAUGUUGAAGGCGUGACAGGAAAAUAUUUUGGAGACUGCAAAGAGGAAGAACUCCUGCCCAAAGCCAUGGAUGACUUGGUUGCAAGAAAGUUGUGGGAUAUCAGUGAAGUGAUGGUUGGCUUAUUGAAGUAAGUGCCAGGGGGUGUCUGCAAAACAGUGCAGAUAACUAUGCAAUGCAUUUUUACAAAAGUGAAAUUCUCACUUUAAAUGCUAUGGGAAUACAGAGUAUGUUGCUCAAUAAGUAUGAAAUAAGGGAGUGGUUUAUGUUGGAACUGUUUUGAAAUAAAAGACAAUCUUCAACAGAGAUAGGCAUUCACAAAAGUCUGAAAUACAGUUUAUGGGUGUGAAUGUAAUUUCUCGUUAAAUUUGCUUGGAAACUCAUGUUUUACAAAUAAAAACUAAACAGAACUGUGUUUUGCAAUAUAUAUGCAUAUUUCUCAUGUUCCACUACUUGUAAUCAGCCUGGAAAAUGCAAGGUACUGAUGGUGAAACACUUCUGUAAAAAAUGUGAAAAUAAGUCCUAAUAAUAGAAUUAUCGUCUUUUUAUGAGCCACCAGAAUAAUACAUGGAAUAAAGAAUUUUACUGAUAUCUUGCACUGUAAUUGUUGAGGCCUCUGAGUUCUGUUUAAAGGCUGUCAGCUCCAUGGUUCAGUAAACAGAACUGUUGAGCCGUGUGCAGUUCUGCUGUGAAGCACAAAGUCAGCUAUUUUUAGUGGUGUUGCUGCUGUUCAAUGUGUAAGUACAGUUGGUUGUGCAAGCUGUAUUUUUAUUUUCAUAUGUACUGAACUUGCUGUUUCUUGAAACCUCGGUUUUCAUUAAAAGGAUAGUUGCAAGAUGUAUUAUGGUCUUUAUAGGGCUUUGCAUGGCACGAAUUGUGUGCAUACAAAGUUUGUAAGACCUCACCCAGAUUAGACCGAAGAAUCUCAGUUUGUGUGUUUGCCUUGACUGAUGGCACUUUAACUAAGUAAUGUUCUGUAAAUCUGUCUCGUACAGCUACUGAAUAUUCUUUAAUAAAAUCUUGUAAAAAAAGA